AACUAAUAUUCUAACAAUUUUAAGUUUGAACAGAAUAAUCAUGGAAAAUCUUUCUUGGUGACCAAAUAUAUAAUAUUUAUUUACAUAUAUAUAUAUAUACAUGGAUUCGAUCAAUAUUGCUUUGUUCAUUGACGUUCUUUUUUUUUUGAGUUGGAUUGAAUUUCUGUCCAACUAAACAGAGGAAACAUGAGCUCUGCUAUAUUUCAGGACACCUACAAUAGAGAUCCCUUUUAUGACUCGCAGCAAAAGGUUGAAGAUGAUUUCAGUUCUACAAUGAGAUGGGCAGUUGUUGGCUCUGUAGUUUCUGGCCUUGUGAUGACCAUUGCGAUCGUAGCCAUCGUAUACGCCAUCAUCGACUGCUUGAAAAAGGCAGGAACUGCUAUUCCAUCUUAUGCCAGAAUUGCCACCAGGGACAGUGAUAUUACUGAAGAAAAAGCAUCAAACCCAGUAAAUUUCUCUUCCAACAACGAAGUGAAAAUAGGCAUAACACCAGAUUUCCCAGUAAUUUCUGAGUCACAGGUUGAGUUUGCAACGAUGGAGAGGUUUCUUAGCAACAUGGCAAGAGAGAAACCUGUAAGGUUCUCACCAGACCAGCUCUCGGCAUUCACGGAUAAUUACUCUACAAUUUUGGGAUCCGGUGGUUUUGGUGUAGUAUUCAAAGGGCUAUUCCCAAAUGGAGUCCAGGUGGCUGUCAAGGUUCUAACCAGCAAUUGGGAUAAGAGAGUGGAAGAGCAAUUCAUGGCAGAAGUUGGUACCUUGGGAAGAACUUACCAUAUAAACCUUGUUAGACUCUAUGGCUUCUGCUUCGAUCCCAGUAUGAGAGCUCUUGUUUACGAAUAUAUGGAAAAUGGGUCUCUGGACAGGUUGUUGUUUGGUGAGAAUAAUCGUGAUAUAGAGUGGGAUAUGCUUCACAGAAUUGCUGUCCAAACCGCAAAAGGAUUAGCUUAUUUGCAUGAGGAAUGUGAGAGAAGAAUCAUUCACUAUGAUAUUAAACCCGGGAAUGUACUUCUUGAUAAGAAUCUCGAUCCAAAAGUUGCAGAUUUUGGACUGGCAAAGCUUUUUAGUAGAGAAAGCAGUCAGAAUAGCCUCAUGGCAGAUGGAAGAGGCACUCCUGGAUAUGCUGCACCAGAGAUGUGGAAGCCUUACCCUGUUACUCACAAGUGUGACGUUUACAGUUUCGGUAUGCUUCUCUUCGAGGUCGUGGGAAGGAGAAGAAAUUUCGAUGACAGCUUAAGUGAAUCACGAACAUGGCUUCCCAGAUGGACUUGGGAGAUGUAUGAGAAUAACGAACUACCGGUGAUGCUUUCCCUUUGUGGGAUAACAGAGAAGGACAGAGACAAAGCAGAGAAGAUGGCAAUGGUGGCUCUGUUGUGCAUUCAGUAUUUGCCAGAAGCAAGACCUCUCAUGAGCAAUGUGGUGCAGAUGUUGGAGGGCAGCAAGGAAAUCACUCCACCAUCAUUUCCUUUUCAGCAGCAUUCUCCGAUACCAAAUAUAACCGGAGGUAGUGAAACCAAUUCCGAAUGGAAUACUUCGUCCGGCACAACAAUUUCCAAACAAAUUCAGUCCAACAGGGGAUCUCAAGCAAUAUGUGAAAUUGAGUUGGCUGGUUUGUAGAUUGAAGAGAGACUUGUAAGGGAAUAUGAUUAAUUUUAUUGUACUUCUUGGUUCUAAUACCUCAAUGAAUGAUUCCAUGUAUUUUUUGACAAUGGAAGGUUUAUGCAAAUUGCUUGGAGAUCUUCCUUUAGAUCAAGAUGUCAAGAAUCCAAUAUUGUUCUGUCAUUUGAGAAGAACAACAACUUCAAGAGUUGACAUAUUAUAGUUUUUAUCUUUCUUUAGUUCACAGAAUGAAUGUGGAAGAUGAAGAAUGAAGUUUAAAGAGACUCUCAAGCGAGGUCAGACCCUGAGGGCUAUAGAAAACGCUGUUUACUAAAUCAUCUAAGUUUCAAGAAAAUAGUUGAGAGUUGGGACAGCUAUUACUUGGACUGCCAGAAAUGAGACAUAUUCUUUCCUUUUAACACAGAAGUUUCUGUCUCACAAUGCAAACGAAAUAUCAUUCAUCAUAUAAUUCAGCAGCUUAUACAAACUACAUUAACAUAGAUCAAGCUUAAAGCAAGUUCUUUUCUGUUCUAAUAAGAAAAAUGUGAACAAUCAACCGUGGUUAAUUCAGAUUUUUUCAGCAGUGACUAAGCUAUUGUGCUGAAAUCAUGCUGUUUAAGAUAAAAUGGAGAUUUUGCAGAAGGAACCACUAAACAAAAAGCCAUUAGAAAAAAAUGAUGCUUAAACUUAAAGUGGUCUUAAACCCAAAUUAUCAGCUCUAAAAAAUCUCCAAUAUCCUAUCCAACAAAUCUCAAGAUGAUGGAAUUCAGACUUCAUAUUAUUUCAUGAGCAAUUGAUUUAGAGAAAAAGAAAAACAAAACUAAACCGAAAAACAAAAACAAAAACAAAGAAAAAAAAAAAAAAAAAACAGAA